AUGCGCGGAAGCCGCAUCGUUGCUCAGAACGAGCGGACAGAGUUUGCACAGCUGCUGAGCGAGCAACACCAAGCCACACUCCAUACAACGCUAAGUCAGGCACGAAUGAAGGAAGGUGUCAUGGAGACUCGUGCGGCCGCCGAGGCAGCUCAGGCCAAGACUUCGCUGCUUGAAGCCGAAACCCUGCUUCGAGCCCCAUUUGCGCCCGAAUCAGGUCUGCAGAACAUUGCCUAUCUCGGGCGAGGCUACGACGUCGUUCGCGGCAACCCUCAGAGCACUGGCACAGAGGUCGACCCUGGCAUCCGCGCGUCCAUCAUGGUGUUGGAGCAUGCAGAGCGCCGCAUGACAGCCGACGGCAAGUUCUAUGUUCCAGAUAACGUGGAUGUCAUCAUGGAGCCAGUCAACCGAUUUGAGUCAAGUUCGAAGCUUGUUCGUUCCGAGCAAAGCUACAAGACCACGCUCGAGAGCGACCUGAAGAUUCGUGCAAGUGCUUCGUAUGGUCCGUUCGCCAAGGGAUCGUUCUCUGCCAGCGAGUCAUACCAGCAGGUUCGCGACUCGAUGCUCAAGCGUGAGAGCAUGUUUUUGGACUCUCGUGCGGAAACAGUGUCAUACCGUGCGCGGCUCGAGGACACAUUGCCGCUCAAGCUCACGGCCGAGUUUCGCCACGCAGUGCAGCCGUACGACGAUUUGUUGGAAACAUUUGGCACGCACUACAUGCACGAGGUGACGAUGGGCGGCCGUGGCAUGCAGCGAUUUUCCAUCGACAUGAGCGAAGCAGCCACGUUGGACGAAACUGUCACGGGAUCCACUGUUGCAACGGAAAUCUCUGGCGGGUUUGGGGCAUUCUCGGCAUCGAUUGGCUUUGACAUGUCCAUGAAGUUGUCUCAGCAAGCGCGCUCCAUGUCAAUGUCCUCAACCUCAAAAUCGACCGAGUGGUUUAUCGGCGGUGAGCCAGGCCUCGGUCAAUUCUCGGCCGACGAUCUGUUGACCUCUCUCAAGGACUGGGCGCGCACUGUCGGAAGCAACCCGGUUCCCAUUCGCAUGCAAGUGGCGCCAAUCAUCGAGCUCCUGGACGCCCUUCUCUUUCCUGAAGACCCCCACAUUGCCGACAAGCAGACGCUUCUUGCAUCCUACCUUGCGAGCUACUGCGAGUCUGUGAGUGGAGCAAACUGCGGCGAUGGCGGCGACCGUGACUUCACCGGCGAUGAGACAGUUUUGCGCUAUGGAGACUUUGUCACGCUGGACCAGCUCACCGGUGUCAACGAAGGCUAUCGGCUUCGCGCCACGACUGCGGCUGCCUCCGCGCCCUCGGCAAUCUCGUCGCAGGUCAGCGUGCUUAGCAGCACAAGUCGAUUCCUGGGUGUUCGUCUUGACUAUUCGAACGCCACCCAUGAUUUUCCGAUGCAAACCUAUGAGGGCGAUUCCAUGUCCUUCCAAGUCGUCGCUCUGCGCAUCGAGCGCUUCUGCUCGUGCAUGUACGCGUCCAACGACGACAACUCGAUUCGCUUCCAAUCGCGUUUCCCGCCAAUUCUCAUCUCCCAGAAACCGUCGUACAAAUUCAGCGUGAUCGGCAACGAAGGCUCUUGCCCAUACUCGACGCUCCAGACCGAGAACAUGUUUGCGUACAGCCGCGAUCGGAGCGACAAGGUGUUUUACUACGCGUACGACGACGACUGGUGGCGCUGGUCCUGCGAGAAUACCAAGCCUGGCGACUGGGCACGCGACCAAGCCAGUGCCAGCUUCCAGGUCGUCGAACGGUUUGCUUUCUCAACUAGGGAGAACCACUUUUUCAGGAUUAUCUCGCCACUCCUCCUCAUCACUCUCGACAAGCAGCCAGUGUUCUACGGCGACGAGCUGCACCUUGUUUCGGUUGAUGGCUCCAUUACGCUCGGCGCCGGCAACAGGCUGGAAUCUGUCGAUCAAGGGUCGAAUACCACCUUGCCGCCAAUGCGCUUCAAGAUCUACGGACGGAACUCGACCUUUGGCACGCCUGUGCGGCGCUCAGAACGUGUCAUGUUGCAGACAAUGCCGGACUCGCAAAACGAAUACUUCAGGAAGUUGACUGGCAACCGUCGGUUCAACACGUACAUUCCCAUGUUUUUGCAACUGGCCACGUCCGCGCCGGUAGCCCCUUCCGGAGGCACUCAGUUGGAUUACUCAAUGCUUCGCAUCAUGAAACCGUUCCCAUUGAGCGUUUCGCGGCUUUCGGCCUUCGAGUGGGUUUUGAACAAGGCGCCCAAACUGGACACUCCAGCUGCUGACAACGUCCUCUCCUUCAUCAAGCAGCCCACAAUGGCCGUCACGGUGCUCCAGCCCUUCUCUGCGUUGGAAAUGACGAGCAACACCAAUGGCACUGUGGUUUUGGCGGUUGUCUUUUCGGAUCCAGUUGUUCGCACCUCCGUUCCGCCUCCGCAGUUUGUGGGUUUGGAUUGGAUUCGUCCCAAGCGCCUGUGGCCAAACAACUUUGCUGUUCGUCUGCAACCCACCGUGUCCUCGGUCGGCACCGUUACUGGAAAUGUCACAAACGUCGUGUAUGAGGAAGCGCAGCUGCAGGUGCAUUUGGUUGUCACUGUCACUUUCGGUCGGCAACUUGCCGUUGGCGACACAAUCACAACCACCGCCGUUAACGUCGAAGGCGCGAAUGAGCAGCCCAUCUUCCAGCCCACACAAGCCGUGCAGCUCAACUUUGAGCCAGUGUUCCAGCUCGCUUUCGUUCAGUGGAAUGUCACGAAUACCACAACUGUGCUUGCUCCGUUUGACACUUUGCGUGUCGCCACGGUUCGUGCCGACUUCAGCGAGCCGGUCUUUUCCGCGGCGUCUGGCGGAUCUCUCGACGUUUCGUGCUUUGCUCUUUUGGGCUUCGACGUCGCCAGCUCGGGAGUGUUUGCUGCGAACGCCACCAUCCUUGCCGUGACGCUUGUGCCAGGCUCCAAUAGCACUGCCUAUUUGCUCGAUCUGUCCUAUUUCCAGCUUGGUCCGUACGAUUCGCCGCUCUCUGCACCGAUGUACUAUGUCUUCCCCACUGGCGCCGGCAUUAUCACACGCGGUACCGAACACCGUGCUGCAACCGCGGUUCGAGCUGAUUUGCGCGUACCUGUGACUCUUCCUGUUCCGCCGGCCUGA